AUGGAUUCCUAUAAUCCAUAUAGCCAGGGCCCUAAUUUUGUUGAUCUGCUUAACAGUCAACAAGAUUUUCCCCCUGAUGAAUUCGGUUCUUCGCAGCGCCCUGUCUUUACUUCCCAAGGUACUGAGACAUCAAGCUUCUGUGAAGACUCACAUACCCAGCGCAAAGAAAGGAAGAAGUGGACUCCCGCUGAUGAUCUUGUACUCAUUAGCGCCUGGUUAAAUACCAGUAAGGAUCCUGUCGUCAGCAAUGAGCAGAAAGCCGGUGCUUUCUGGAGCCGCAUUGCAUCGUACUAUGAAGCUUCACCAAAGGUGGAAAAGGGUGAUAAGCGAGAACCUCUUCAGUGUAAGCAGAGGUGGCAGAAGCUGAACGAUCUUGUGUGCAAGUUCUGUGGAUCCUAUGAGGCUGCAACAAGACAGAAGACAAGUGGGCAGAGUGAGAGUGAUGUUGUGAAACUGGCACACAAGAUCUUUUUCAACGAUCACAAGCUUAAGUUUAACCUUCACCAUGCUUGGGAGGAGCUCCGCUAUGACCAGAAAUGGUGUGAGCAUGCUACUAGUAAGCUUGGUGGAAGCGCUAAGAAGAGAAAGUGUGAGGAUGGAGCGGAAACAGCAAGCUCUCAAGCAACUAUCAAUCUAGAUGAGGAACCUACUAAACGUCCAGCGGGUGUCAAGGCUGCGAAAGCAGCUUCUGCAAAGAAACUGGUAGUACAGAAAGAGGAUGCGUUAAAGUUUCAGGCCAUGUGCUCUAUUAAAGAGAAGGACUUGGCCCUGCAAGAGAGACUUUCCAAAAUGGAUCUGCUUAAAAUCGGAAGGCUUAGUCUCUCUCCACUUCAAAAGUGUACAGCAGCCAUUCGUGUCUUGGCAUAUGGUACUGCGGCUGAUGCUGUUGACGAAUACAUCCGAAUCGGUGAAACUACUACUCGGUCAUGUGUGGAACAUUUUGUGGACGGAAUAAUAAAUUUAUUCGGCAAUGAGUACCUCAGAAGACCAACACCGGCUGAUCUUCAACGUCUACUUGAAGUUGGCGAGUUCCGUGGAUUUCCCGGGAUGAUAGGAAGCAUCGAUUGUAUGCAUUGGGAGUGGAAGAAUUGUCCCACCGCUUGGAAAGGGCAAUAUUCACGUACCUUAAAUGAUAUAAAUGUUCUUGAUCGCUCACCCGUUUUUGAUGACAUAAUACAAGGUCAAGCUCCGCAAGUGACUUUCUCUGUCAAUGGAAGAGACUAUCAUUUGGGUUACUAUCUCACCGACGGUAUUUAUCCGAAAUGGGCAACUUUUAUUCAAUCUAUUUCAAUGCCACAAGGGCCGAAAGCGGUUUUAUUUGCUCAACAUCAAGAAGCUGUCCGAAAAGAUGUCGAGCGUGCUUUUGGAGUCUUGCAAGCUCGAUUUGGCAUUGUUAAAAACCCCGCGCUUUUUUGGGAUAAAGCAAAAAUUGGAAAGAUUAUGAGAGCAUGUAUCAUACUCCAUAAUAUGAUAGUCGAGGACGAACGAGCUGGAUAUGCUCACUUUAAUGUUUCAGAGUUCGAACACGGAGAAGAGACCGGAAGUUCACAUGUCGAUCUCGAUUAUUCUACGGAUAUGCCUACAAAUAUCAGCCUCCACACCUUAUCAUCUCUCUCUAUCCCCUCUCCUCCUUUCCCAUCUCCUUUUCUCUCUGGGUUUUAG